CAAAAAGGUUGGGUGGUUUUCAGAGGGUUUUGGCGAUCAAGUAUUCUUGAUAUAUAGAUAAAGGAGAGAGAAACCAACAAUUUUUUUAGAGAGAGAAUUUUACCAUCAAUUUUUUUUUUUAGAGAAAAAAAAAAAGCUAAUCAGGGAUAGAAAUUGGAAAACGUGAAGGAUUUUCUAGAAUUUUCUUAGUUUUCUCCGAACAAAUUCCAAAUCUUACACCCACCUAAAUUUUCUGGGUUUUACAGCAAACCAACAGAGAAUUUGAAGUUUUAAAGAAUUCAUAGAAUUGGCCUUGGGUUUAGAUUGAUUUUCGACGCAAUUCGGUUGGGUUGGUGCUGAUAAUAGCAUUGAAUUGAAGACUCCUCUGGUAUGUUCUCCGCGAUAUGUUGCAGAAGAGGUUAGAUUACGGAUUCAGUGGAUAUCAGGUGCCUUUCAUCCCUAGAGCUGCGAGGUCUUCUAGGAAGAGACGCCCGAUUCGUGAGAAAGUUGUUGCUGUAGACAAUCAAUUGUGUGCGUUUGAUUUAUUGGCUACUGUAGCUGGAAAAUUACUCGAGGGAGAGAGUUCUCAGAAUUUGCCAAUCGAAAAAGACCAGCUGGGCGAUAUUCAAGAUGUCGUUAUGCAGGAACAAGAUGAGGGCACUCUGUGCCUGAAAGAUGAGCAUUGUACUAAAGGCGGCAAUGAAGUUGCAUCCCUUAAUUUGGAGCUUGGAUUACAGGUACAUGACCAAGGUUGCGAUGUGAAGGAAAAUUCUGGUCCUCAGAAUGAUUCUUCUCCAGCCCCAGUCUCUGUGAUCACUUCGUCUCAUUGUACAGAGAAGGAUGAAUUUCUUGUUAAGAUGGAUACGAACGAUGACAAGAGUGAUUUCUGUAGCCUUUCCAGGAACACAGAGGGUUUCGCCCCUGGUCACACCGAUUCUUGUGCUCCUAAUGUGAAUGAAUCUGUUGAAGAACAUGAUGGCAAAGGAGAGGUAUUGUCUGGCAAUGGGCUUGAUAUGCACUGUUCUGAGGAUCCUGAAUUUUUCGAUGGGAUUUCUCCUGCAGUUGCCAGCUCAGAUUGUAGUAUUAAACUGUCUUUAGGCGUGGAUCACUACCCUUGUGGUUCACUUUCCCCUCGUAGGGAUAAUAAUGUAAAAGUAGUUACUAGAGAUGAUGACGAAAAUUCUUCUGAGUGUACUCAACCUAGCACUAUGAAAGCUGCUAGGUUGCCUGCUCGUAUAGGUGACCGUAGAAUAAGGAAGCUGUUGGCUUCCAAGCAUUGGAGAUUAGCUUCAAAAGUUAAGGAUGGAGAUCAUUCCGAUACUGGAUUACGCUGCAUUUACCGCAGCAGGAGGACUGGUUAUAAGCGUCCGAGAUCUCAGAGGAUCUAUCCUUUUAAGAAGAGGAAGUUCUAUCACUAUAGCUCAUUAUUGAAUUCUGAUGUGGAUGAUGGAUGUAAAGGUAAUGGUUCUUCAUCAUGUGUUGCUGGCCAGAGCACCUCCUUUGCAUCCAGGGAAUCCCACGUGAAGCUGAGGAUCAAGUCCUUUAGAGUGCCGGAGCUUUUUAUUGAGAUGCCUGAGACAGCUACUGUUGGUUCUCUUAAGAGGACAGUAAUGGAAGCUGUGACUGCCUUACUUGGCGGUGGACUACGUGUUGGGGUGCGCCUUCAAGGAAAAAAGAUUAGAGAUGAUAAUAGAACACUUGUGCAGUCUGGUAUAUGUCAUGAUGAUAAAGUAGAAUCUUUGGGUUUCACCCUGGAGCCAAACCCUUCACAUAUCAGCACACCUGUUUCUUCCGAGGAUAAUUCUCUACUGCUUUCUACUGAUUUACCUCAGCCUGUAUCAAGGUGUCCUACGUUGAGUGCUAAUAAUCAAGGUGCUUCUCAUCAUCAUCCUGUGACAAAUUUGGGAAAUUUUGUAGAAAGUGAUCAUGAUUCAGCACCCUCACCUGCUGAAAUCACAGCAGAGAAAGGGUCAGUUGAUUCUCGGGCUCUAGUUGCCCUCCCCGAGGGUACUCCACAAGCAUUGGCCGUUGUUCCAUCACACCAAAAAUCUAAGCGAUCCGAGAUGGCACAGCGUAGAAUUCGUCGACCUUUCUCUGUAACCGAAGUUGAGUCAUUAGUUCAAGCGGUGGAGAAGCUUGGCACUGGAAGGUGGCGGGAUGUUAAACUAAGAGCUUUCGAUAACGUGAAGCAUCGAACCUACGUUGAUUUGAAGGAUAAGUGGAAAACAUUGGUGCACACGGCAAGAAUAUCCCCUCAACAAAGGAGGGGAGAGCCUGUUCCUCAGGAGCUGCUGGACAGGGUGUUAGCUGCCCAUUCUUACUGGUCUCAACAGCAAGCUAAGCAACAGCUCAAACAACAACCAUCCGACGCUUGCCUCCUCCUUUGAAACAGUCAAUAACAUGGGAGGUUACUGGUGGUGGAUAUUGUGGAUUUUUAUAAAUAUAUAGAAAUGAACAAACAUAUAUUUCAGUUUAGAUAUGGUAUGUCCAGAUUUUAAUUUUUCUCUUCUGACUUUAUGUUUAUGAUGAUGAUGAUGAUGAUAAUGGGUUGUGAUGUAAAAAGUAGUGACUGGGGGAGGAGUGAGAUUGAAGCGGGAGGUGUUCCGUAGGAAAUUCAUGUAAUUGAUCUAAGGCUCAUUUGCCACGACCUCCAUCUCCGCGGUUAGAGAGGGGGGAAUCGCUUGGCGCUUGUAAAUGGUUGACGAAAUAAGGGCUAUGCUAACGGAAUUCGUUUGCACUCCAUUUCCUCUCACCUCUUUUCCGAAUUUGGAGGUGUUUUUAUUCAAUUCUAGGGAAAUAGGGAUAGUUGGUUGUAGGAGUAGUUUUAGAUGAUUCACUUGUUUUUAAUUGAUCUUGGAAUUCUAUUGUAGCUGGUCUUACGUUGUUGCUAUUGGCUGUAAUAUUAUGCUUAAGGGUCACUUCACAUGUAAGGUUGAUGUAAUUGAACAUUCACUUCAAAUGUAAUUGAUUUCAUUUCUUAUUUAGAUGAAAGAAUUCUCAUUCACCAUCA